AACACGAUUUUAGAAUAUACUUUACCAGCACUUUAAUAUGACAGAUGAUGUUUUAAUGGAUAAAGUGUUUCGAGCAUUUGAUGUUGACAAUGAUGGUUAUAUAAGUGAUGAUGAAUGGGUCAUUGGAAUGUCAAUCUUCUUAAAGGGAACCAUUGAUGAACAAUCCAAGUUUUGUUUUUCUGUUUACUCAACACGAGGUGAAGAUGGUUAUAUCUCAAGAGAAGAAAUGUUCCUCAUGCUGAAAAAUUGUCUUGUUCAAGACAUAGACCAUGAUGGUAAGGUGUCUGUAGAAGAUUACAAACAAGCCGUCAGACAAGAAACACUACUCAUUGAAGCUUUGGGACCAUGUCUUCCCAUCCCUAGGUGUAAGGAUACAUUUUUGGAGUUGAUAGCAGACGACAAACACAAGCACAAGUGA